GAAAAAGAAAAAGAAAAAGAAAAUCACAAAGAUUUACUAAUAACUAGUUUAACUUUUUUUUAGAAAGAUAAUUUUUUAACCAUCUAUCAAACUUUAACUCAACUAUUAACUAGUUUAACUUUUUUUAGAAAGAUAAUUUUUUUAACCAUCUAUCAGACUUUAACUCAAGAUUUACCGGAAAUAAUAAACUAGUGUGAGUUAAAUAAGAUAUGGGAUAGUGGGAGGUGAAGGAUUCGAUCCUAAUGUAUCGUAGUUAAGUCGUUAAAAGAAAUAUGUUAAUUGGAAAUAAGAAUUUAUAUGUGAUAUAACAUUAUAACAAAUUAAAACGGUAAAAUAAAAUAUAACAGCUCAAUAAUAUUAUUUAACUUGUUUUGAUACAUGAUACGUGGUGUUACUAAGAUUAUGUGUGGCGGUUUUAACUACACUGACAUCUUGUGGUGGUUUUAGGCCAAUCGGUAUGUAUCAUGAAGGGCCAUCGCGAAAUGAGGUGGCCACUAGUGGAACACCGCCCCCUCACUAGUGAUGGUGAAGGGCAUGAAGAUCUUCACAAUGCUCGCAUAGGUAGUGGAUGAGUGUCUAAUUGGAUUUAAAAAAAAAAAGAGAGAGAUAGUGGAGAAAUAGUGAACGACGCAUAUGGUUAGUAAAGGAGAGAGAUGAUGUAACGAGAUGCUGACGUGACGUUGAGAUGGAGGAUGGUGAUAGAUGCUCACUAGUUAUAAUCUAUUAAAGUUAUUUUUGGGAUUAAAAUUAUCUUUAAUUCAAAGAUUUUCUCUAGGAAAAGGUCGUCGGUUGAAGUUUCGUUCGUGACAAAUUAUCAUGCGUGAGCUAGAGGUUUUAACACAAUGAGCCUUCGGAUGACGGUUUCCCCUAGAAUCGGUGAGAGGUCGAGUCAUCAGCGCUGUCUACGAUCACAAACAUGUAUAGGCUUUUGCCCCUGGUACCUGGGUGGCCGAGUUUUGUUUGAUAUUAAAAAACUAAGCACCUUCUAUGGCACAAAUUAAAAGGGGCUUUUUAGGGUCCGAAUACCUGAACAAAUAUCAACCAACAAUCACGCUACAGUUCUCAUAGUAGCAGUGGCAAAUCAAAUCAAAUCAAAUGGGGAUACUGGCAUGCAUCGGAGUGAUCUCACCUUUUCCAUUCUACUACUUUCUAUGGAAUCACCCACAGACAUGGGUUAAUCUCUGCGGAAAAGAUCGAGAUCCUUCCAAAACCAUGGCUAUGGUCUCUCAUGUUUUCAAGCUCAUCCAGUUCGUAUCGCUGUACUCCGUUUCCACUCUCUCAUGGCCCCCUCCCUUGUAUUUCUGGCCCCUCAUCUUAAUCGGCCAGUUUCUUAAUUUCAGGGUAUACCAAUUACUUGGUGAAGCAGGCACUUACUACGGCGUACGGUUUGGAAAGAACAUACCAUGGGUGACAGAGUUCCCUUUCGGUACAGUAAAAGACCCUCAAUACGUAGGUAGUAUUAUGAGCCUUGUAGCUUGUGUAGCAUGGGUCCCAUUCUUGUACAUCUUCCUUUGGGUACUAGGAUACCUUUUCAUGAUACAUGUUGAAUCGAAAGAGGAUCCGGCUUCUCGAGCCAAACCGCUUUCUUGAAUCAUAUUAGCCAACAUCCUCCCAUAAACUUUGUAGUUUGAUUUUAUCUAGUCAGAUCUAAUUGAUGUAGAAUGUUCCUUUGAAUAUUUAUGAUGUUCGUAUGCAUCGAUGAAUUUCCUCGUUGUUGUUUUUA